AUGUCCCUGGUCUCCCCAGUGGCUGAAGCUGGGGGACUAGGCUACGGCGGCGCUGGUUACGGAGGCCGAGGAUACGGUGGCCUAGGAUACGGUGGCCUAGGAUACGGUGGUCUAGGAUACGGUGGCGGCCUAGGUGGUGGCUUGGGCGGCGUCGGCGGUGGUGUAGGCGGUGUAGGUGUCGGCAGCAGUGUUGCUCUUCUUAGCGGUGGACCUGCGUUUGCGAAGGCCGUGGCCGGACCAGCGUUCGUGGUGAGGACGGUUCACCACGUCAACAAAGUCAGCGGUGGAGGAGCUCUUGUUGCCCACUCUGGCCUCGGAAGCGGAUACGGCGGCGCCUACGGAGGCUACGGAGGUGGUUAUGGUGGAUACGGUGGCGGCUACGGAGGCUACGGAGGUGGUUAUGGUGGAUAUGGCGGCGGCUAUGGUGGCUACAAAGGUGGUUACAAAGGCUAA